AGGACCCAGAGAAAGAAUGACGGAAAAAAGUUUGCGAUUAAACGUAAGUGAAAUACAUCUUUCAUGUACAUUCUCUUUUCGACUGUUUCAGUUUCUUAAACCAGAUGUUUUAUAUGGUGUUAAUUAAUGAGUAACUUAGCUUAUGAGCAUUCAAGCUUACAAAUAUAAUCGAAAUAGCUUACAUGACUGUUCAAAAGUGGUGACAGUGAGUGCUUUAUUUUGGAGCAUGUUGAGCAAGAUAGACCUGAGGUACGUAUCAAAUGCUUCAGUUCAGCUUUUAUCUAUUAAUAAAACAUUUGGAGAACAACAACCUGACAAUACUUAAGCCUCUUUCAGCUGAUCAGCUAACUAUUGCUGAAUAAAGGUUCCAUUCUAUAGAAUUUUGUAUCAGAUUUUCCUUAUACCUCUGUAUUGAUAAGUUGUGAUCGAAUUAAAACCUCAUUUAGCUCCAGUGUUUAGCAGAACUACCAUCUCUUUCUUCGCUCUUAUUCAAGUUUCAUCUUAACUGCUAGGUAUUGAAGAAAAAAAUAGAUCUAUACGAGCUCCGGUGGUAUGGCUAGUGCAUGUUUAGAGCCCUUGCAUGCUUACAUAAGCAGAUAAGAUCACUACAGUUGUUGUGCAUCUAUUGAAAGUUCAAGUAAUUUUUUAGCAGAAUACUCAAUUUCCCAAUUGUUUCGAUGUGCUUCCUUCCCCCACAUAAAGAUGCAAGGAAGCGGGGUGGGAAUAUAUUUAAAAGUCAAGGUGCUGAUGGCUCAGGUAUAACCUCCACGAAGGAUGUGACAAGUGUCAGGACUCCAUCUACAGAAAGAGCAAGGGAACCUCUACCAUGCCUAGGAAAAAAAGAGUUGAUCAGUCUGAGAUUCUUAGUCCAAACCAAGGAAUAUAAAAGACAUCGCGACGUUAAAGGGCAGUGAAGAUUCAUGGGAAGUGGCCAAGCUACAUGAUCGUGAAUCCUCCUUUCCAGUGUUCUUUGCUGAUCUCAUAUUCAUACUCAGACAGAAAGAUGCAUUGCUAUUUUUGUAUCAUCAGAAAAACGAGGGAGUUAUUGGAUAUCAAACCCUUGCCAUCAAUGGAACUGCAAAGUUGGAGCAAGGCUCGCACAAAAAGAGCCCAGUUUUUCAAGCCUAUUCCAAGAUCACUCUUUGAUCUUGUGGACAAGUGCCUGACAGUAAACCCAAGGUUGAGGAUCAACGCACAGGAAGCUGUGAGGCACAAAUUCUUAGCCUCGUGCCUUGAGAGCUUGAGGAGGCAGAAGAUGUUCAGGCGUGAGGUUAUGAGUACCCAGAAUGAUCUUCUUGUACAUGAAGUGAAGUGUAAUGUAGUUUUGAUCAACAUAUUUGAACAAUGAAUUUCAUCACCUAGUUCUUUGGCUUAAAA